AUGGGUAUACAGGGUUUAUUGCCACAACUGAAACCUAUUCAACAGCCGGUAACGUUAGCCAGGUAUGAAGGUCAGUCUUUGGCGAUCGACGGAUAUGCAUGGCUUCAUAGAGCUGCCCAUGCUUGCGCAGCGGAACUUGCACUCAAUCAACCCUCCGCAAAAUACUUGGAAUUUUUUGUAAAGCGUUUGGACAUGCUCAAGAACCGCUUUCACAUCAAUCCUUACAUGGUGUUCGAUGGAGAUGCACUAAUGGUGAAAAAGGACACUGAGCUGAAAAGACGCCAGAAGCGGAUAGAAAAUAGGGAGAAAGGACUAGCUUUGUGGAAUGCUGGUGACAAGAGGCAAGCUUAUGAGUAUUUUCAAAAAUGUGUCGAUGUGACGCCUGAAAUGGCUAAAUGUGUAAUUGACUAUUGCAAGACACAAAAGAUACGCUACGUGGUGGCCCCAUUCGAAGCCGACGCCCAGAUGGUGUACCUGGAGAAAAAAGGAUUCGUGGAUGGCAUAAUAUCAGAGGACUCCGAUCUUUUGAUUUUUGGGUGUUGCAAGCUAAUAACCAAGUUGAACGACCACGGCGAAGCUGUGGAAAUCUGUCGAGAUGACUUUUCACAUUUGCCGGCGAAGUUCCCACUCCACCAGCUCAACGACGAGCAGAUAAGAAUCAUGGUCUGUUUGUCGGGUUGCGAUUACACUGCGGGUAUACCAAAGAUUGGGCUGUUGACUGCGAUAAAGAUGGUGAGAAAAUUCAAGACCAUGGACAAAAUCAUUCUUUCCAUACAACGAGAUGGAAAGCUAACUAUACCGCCAGAAUUUGGGGAGGAGUAUCAAAUGGCGACAUUUGCAUUUCAAUAUCAAAGGGUAUUUUGUCCGCAAGACAAUGUCAUCACCACGCUUAACACAGUUCCAUCUGGGCUCAUGGAGUCUGAAGAACUAUUUAGCUGCAUUGGCCGAGUUGUACACAAACUGGAGCAAGUCAAGAAAGUGGUAGUUCGCACAGAACAUAUUGACCAUGAACUCCAUUACAAAAUCGCCAUGGGUGACCUGUGCCCCUACGAUUUUUGUAAGAUGCUCGUGAAUCGCGAACGCAAGCUGCAGCUGACGGCCAAGUCUGAGUCAAGCAUUGUUAGCCCAGGCUCAAAAUCCAUCGACUCUUUUUUCAAUAAAUCUGCUGUGGUCAGUGUGUCGGCACUUCCUGGUACUGAAAUUUCAAGUGCAAAAGCUGCGAGAAGACAGACUGAAAGACUGUUGCAGGAAAACAAAAAGAAGCUGCAGUCAAUUGUGGAGCAUCGCAAACUGUCGAGGUUCGAUGCGCCCGUCGCACGCAAUGCUGCCAGUAAAUUCUUUUCAGCAUCCAGGAACAACAACCAGGAAGUCGCGGACCGUUCAUUCUCCACAGACGUUUCUGUCGUGUCACGUGCUCCUAACUCCGAGGCGGUGUCCGUGGUGGUCCCGGCGUCAGCACUCAAGGACGCAGACAAGCUUCCAAUUGUCGAAGAUCUGCGAGGUGGCAGUGAUGGAGACGCUUCGCAAGAUGAGUUGUCAACGGACAUACCAAGCUCUCUCGCAUCGACAGAGAUUCCCAGCUCCAUGAUUCCGACCCAGACAGACGUGGACGCGACGCCAUUUAGCGAAGAGGAGUCGGAAAUAUUGAGCGAAGUAGAUGAGUCUGGCGCCGAGAAAGGUCGCGAAAACCCUAGCAAGAGACAUUGUGCGUCUUUGGCUGAUUUGCGCAGCUCUUUCACUUACCAGAAAGCACCUCUCAGACCACGGGACCCCAACGUCGUGGCUGCGCCUGCCAAAAUAAAGGACACGGCGGCGAAACCCCUGCAGCAGAGACCCAGCGUUCAAAGAUCAAAGCACUACGUUGCGUCUCCGUCCUCGGCUAGUGUCCAGCGCCGCGCCACUCGGACUUUGAGUUUGUCUGAUUUUGUAUAUCGCGGCGACUAG